UCCAUAUACUGUCAGUUGAGAGGUGCUUGUGCUCAAAGACCAGUCUGACCAGACUCUGGAACACCACUCUUUGCAGGUAGACACCGUCAACGCUUGUCAGUCCUGUCGCGACAGAUCACAUUCAAACUGCAACUCACCUUGUGAGAACACUAACGAAACCUGCGCUUUAUUCGUCGAGCCACUGCGGCUUUCUCCGGUACUGCGACCAAGCUGGAUUCCCGGAGCUCUUCACCAUGUCAGGCGGGUUAUAGAUACUCCAUGGAGCAGUCCAACUUCUACGAGGUCGCGCAACGGCCCCUGAUGACCAACCUGCCCCAGAAUCAGCAAAGUGCGUUUUGCUACAAAGAGCCUCCUGCAACUGGAGACCUGGGUGAGAUUUGCGAGAACGAAAACUCAAUCGACAUAAGUGCUUACAUAGACCCUUCGACCUUCAACGACGAGUUCCUGGCCGAUUUACUCCAUAACAGUUCCAAACAAGAAAAAGCUAAACUGGCGAGCGGUGAGUACGAGUACCCCCACGGCACCGGCGGAGUGCCUGGGGCUCACCAACAAGUUUAUGGCUGCAUGGCCAACUACAUGGAUUCUUCAAAGCUGGAACCGCUCUAUGAUAACCCGUCUGCGACAAGAAUCCGACCUGUCGCGAUAAAGCAAGAACCCAGGGAGGACGAAGACGCAAUUCAGGCUUCAAUGCCGCCAACUUACCAUCCUUCUCACCAUCAUCAUCCGCAGCAUCUGUCGCAUCUUCAGUACCAGAUUGCGCAGUGCGCGCAGACAACUAUGCAUCUCCAGCCCGGCCACCCGACGCCUCCCCCAACCCCUGUCCCGAGCCCUCACCACCAACACAAUCACCUACCGGGCGGAUCGAUGAAGAUGAUGGGGGGCGGCAGCGAGCGGGGGAAAAGCAAAAAGCACAUUGACAAGAACAGCGUAGAAUACCGCUUGAGGAGAGAGCGAAACAAUGUUGCUGUCAGGAAGAGUAGGGACAAGGCGAAAAUGCGCAACGUGGAAACUCAACAGAAAGUCAUAGAGCUGGCAAAUGACAACGACAGACUGCGCAAGAGGGUUGAACAUCUCACCCGGGAACUGGAGACACUAAGGGGUAUCUUCAGGCAACUUCCCGAUGGGUCUUUUGUUAAAGCCAUGGGCAACUGUGCGUAAAAUGAACUGUAAAAAUGUAGGACAUUAAAAACUGGUUCAAUGGUUUUUUUCUGGAUAUUUGCUGUGUAUCUGACAGAUCCAACUCUGUUUCAAAAAGGAGCCAGGCAGCUGAGGUAUACAUGUAUGUGCCUUUUGUACGAAACAAUAAGCUCAUUUUCACACGCUUAACAGUGAUCGAAUGGUUGUUUUGUGCCUUAAUGUAAGAAUGCGCUCGCGUAUGUGUUGUCAGCUACGCAAAACAUAUCUGUGCAUCUAAAGUUGGCUACGAUUUUUAAUCUGUUAUACAAUGUUCAAAGUUAGCAUCUAUUUUGCGUCAUUUCCACUCUAGAUGUAAUUUGCGUUGUGCCUUAUACAGUUUGUAUUAAAUCUGCAAAAUGCAUAGUUCUCACUCAUCUCGCAUUUUUUACAUACAUACAUACAGAAGUAUGUGGACAGAAUUCCUAGCCAUGCUUUCAUCCAGACACUUCAGCUCAAUUCCGCUUUAAGGUACAGAAAUGUCUAUUUAGGCAUGUGUCUGACAGAACUCAAAUAAGAGACUGUAGAUGGACUGAAUUUAAUGCCAAAGUAUAGGACUGGAAUGCAGUGAUAUCUGCUUCAUAUAAGCAGUUUAUUUUAUGCACUAUAUGUCGUCAAAAUAUGACGGAAUUAAGCUUAUUGUAUUUUUAAAAUUGCCAUAGGUUCGGGUACUGAUCUAUUGAACGCCUCUCAGUGUACGCUUUAUAGAAUUACAUCUUUAUAUUUAUGCUGUAUAAUUCAAAAUGUGAAAGGAUGCCUCUAUACAAAAUGUCUUUUGCCGUAUCUAUGAUGAUUCCACAUGAAGAUGACUUUUUUGUGCUUUCUCACUGGUUGUUCAGUGAAAACAGUUUCAAAGCCUGCUCUCUGUUGUCAAUUUCAUGCGCACUGUAUUUUAUAUUAUUAUUGUUUUAUUUUUUAUUAUUACACUCGGGCAGAUGUCGGAACAGUGCCUUUUCACUUUUACGCUUGUCGUAAAUCGUAUCACUUGUCGAACGUUUUGGACCUACAAAUAUAAGGAAAAGGAAGCACUUUUUACAAAUGCCAUGUUGCCAAUGUAUAAGACAAAUGUUUAAAUACUUUUGAAUUGUAAAAUGAACAUUAUAUAUGCCAAAAUUGUGAAUUAUAAUAAAAGAUCUUUGUGUUAUAUGA